AUGCCGCGGCUCCUUGCUUGUGUAGCGCUGCUGGUGCUGGUGCUGGCGGGCCUGGGCUGGUCUGAGGCGGCGCCUCCCCGCCCCAUGCGCCCCCAGUCAUCGAUGCCAGAGCUGGUCUCUACGUCGUUCCCGGCCUGGCGUGGCGGGGGCGGCCUGACUGGCCUGUGGCCCCAGCCGCAGAUCGUCCAGGGCGGCCAGCACCAGGCCGACCUGUCGCCCCUGGGCUUCGAGGUGAUCACCGCCUCCGAGUCGACCGCGCUCAACGCCGCCAUCCAGCGGUACCAACACCAGCAGCUCUUCUUCCCGUUCCCCACCCGCCACGACCCCAUCAAGCAGCGCUUGACCCUCAACGUAGCGGUAAGCGACGACAACGACACCAACCUGGGCCUGGGCAUGCAAGAGUCCUACAUGCUUCUGGUGCCUCAACCCCCCUCCAGCCACGGGAGCCCGUGGGAGGCCACCCUGAAGGCGGGCACCGUAUGGGGCGCGCUACGCGGCCUGGAGACCUUCUCGCAGCUCAUCCGCUGGAACGACGCAAGCGAGACCUACUCCAUUCCCGACCUCCCCAUCAACAUCAUCGACUGGCCUCGCUUCCCCUGGCGAGGUUUGCUGAUCGAUGUGUCGCGUCACUACUUGCCCACGUACGCCAUCAAGCGCACUCUCGAUGCAAUGUCCUACAACAAGUUCAACGUGCUCCACCUCCACGCCACCGACGGGCAGUCGUUUCCCGUUGAGUCCACGCUCUACCCCAACCUCACCAAGGCCGCGUGGGGGAAGAAGGCUGUGUACAGUCACAGCGACUUGCGUGAGGUGGUGCGUUACGCCUGGGAGCGAGGCAUCCGGGUGGUGCCCGAAUGGGAGAUGCCCGGCCACGCCUACGGCUUCGGAGCCGGGUACCCCUACAUGGUGGCCCACUGCCCGACCUACACGACCGACCCCAACAUGGUUCCGCUCAACAUCGCCUCGGACCGGGUCUACGACUUCCUCCUGGGCUUCAUCGCCGAGAUGGCCCAGAUCUUCCCCGACGAAUUCGUUCACACCGGCGGUGAUGAGGUGGCGGUGGACUGUUGGGUGAAGGACCCCAAGAUCAAGCAGUGGUUCCUCGAACACCACAACAUCACGGACCCGUACCGCAUGUUCGCCUACUUUGAGAAGCGGCUGGGCUCGAUCGUGCAGCCCUCGGAGGCGACGGCCAACGGCCGGGUGCGCCCGCCGAUGGGUCGGCAGGACCCGUCGCUCCCGCCCUACGUCAACCGCACGAUGGUGGUGUGGCAGGACGUGUGGGACGACAACUGGCAGCGCCUGGCCCACCCGGAGACGGUGGUCGAGGUGUGGCUCGACCAGGACACCUUGCGCCGCAUCAUCGAUACCGGCUACCGCACCAUCUGGGCCUACCCCUGGUACCUCGACCAGCAGACACCCGGCAUGGCGCCCAAGAAGACGUUCUACGAGUGGGUCGACACGUGGAUGGCCCUGUAUGCUGCCGAACCGUUCCGCGGGCUGAACCUCACCGAAGCGCAAGAAGCGAUGAUGCUCGGCGGCGAAGGGUGUAUGUGGGGUGAAAACGUGGACGAAACCAACAUCGACUCGCGCAUCUGGCCCAGAGCUGCGGCCAUCGCCGAGAGGCUGUGGUCGGCUGCGCGUGUAAACGAUGCCUCUGCCGCCCGCCCUCGCCUCGUCAAUUUCCGCUGCAACUCGCUUGCCAGACGCGGAAUCGGGGCUGGGCCUGUCAUGCUGGACUACUGCCCCUUGCCCCCGCAGCACCGCAGGGACUAG